AUCAUAUUGAUAUGAUAGUAGUGAAAAUGUUUCUAAAGAAUAACAUGUAUCAGAAAGAUAGCCUAUUAAUUUAGGCACUAAUUGUAAUACGUACCGAUAACGGCCCACAUCCUUCCGAGACGAUAAUCUAUCAGGGUGUGAAUGACACUGCCUCACCCAUCUAUUGGCGUAAGGAUGAUCGAUUAUGUGGCUGGGAGGAUCUAUAUGUCUCUCGUAUUGUUUUUGUUUCUCUCUUUCUCUCUCUUUCUCUUUCUAUCUUUCUCUAUUUCUCUUUUUGUUUCAUCUACUCCCAUGCGUAUGCCAAAAGAAGCGAAAAUGCACCUUCUUUGCAAAAGUACUGCGUAAAGACAGAUACACAAUCUGCCACUGCCACUAUUACUACUACCAAUACUACCACAACAACUAUUCUUCCUUCGUCAUCACGUUACAUUUUGAUACUUUGCCCAAGCGAAAGGCCGACAAUGAAACCGUUCGCCUAUCUACUACUACUACUACUACUACUACUACUACUACUACUACUACUACUACUACUACUGCCUACUGCUACCUAUACUACUACCGCUACUAUCAUCACCACCACUCACCAUCAUAAUUGCUACCGGUUCUUUCGUUCGUCCUUUGACUGAAUUUCGCAUCACGACUGACGCGUGCGUGUACUGCGUAAUCGCGAUGGUUGGAAAACAAGACUCUGAAUGUUAUCUCAUGUUACCACUGCUCUCUAAUGAAAAGGCAGACUAUACGAACAAGAACAGUAUCACACAUAUUCACAGCACGUGGCGAGCAAAAUGUAUCAAAAGAUUGUGAACUUGUCUCUUGUGAACAUCCUCACACAAGUUGACUCCCCCAGAUCCAUGGAAGAGAACCGAAGAUUCUACCGUACAUUGCGCAGCCCGUGUAUGAUAUUCGACAGAUUGGCGAUGUGGCCUUUGGUCCGGGCACUCGGUCGGCACUGCUGGGCAUACUCGGUGGGGCAUUGCCCCGGCUUAACACGGAGCAGAUCGAGCUAGUAUCGAGGGCGAAAAAGUACGCCAUGGAGCAGAGCAUCAAGAUGGUGUUGAUGAAGCAAACGUUAGCCCAUCAGCAGCAGCAGUUGGCCAGCCAGCGCACCCAAGUGCAGCGGCAGCAAGCUUUGGCUCUUAUGUGUCGUGUUUACGUCGGCAGUAUUUCGUUUGAACUGAAGGAAGACACCAUCAGGGCGGCAUUCCUACCAUUCGGGCCGAUCAAAUCGAUCAACAUGUCCUGGGAUCCGAUCACGCAGAAACACAAAGGAUUUGCGUUCGUCGAGUAUGAAAUACCCGAAGGAGCGCAGCUGGCGCUGGAACAGAUGAACGGUGCCAUGCUCGGUGGACGCAACAUCAAAGUCGGCCGACCGAGCAAUAUGCCACAGGCGCAGCAGGUGAUCGAUGAGAUCCAGGAGGAAGCGAAGAGCUAUAAUCGCAUCUACAUUGCCUCGAUCCAUCCGGAUUUGACCGAGGAGGACAUCAAGAGCGUGUUCGAAGCGUUCGGGCCAAUUAUGACCUGCAAGAUGUCGCAGGGAAAUGCUGUACACACGCACAAGGGAUACGGAUUCAUUGAGUAUCAGACGAAUCAGUCCGCAAUCGAAGCAAUCGCCAGUAUGAAUUUGUUUGAUUUGGGCGGACAGUUGCUAAGGGUUGGACGAUCAAUUACGCCACCGAACGCGCUGAUGGGUCCGGCGGCGAAUUCCGCCAUGCCAACAGCAGCAGCCGUCGCUGCAGCAGCUGCUACCGCCAAGAUUCAGGCCAUGGAUGCUGUGGCUACGAACGCCGUCCUGGGACUGUCAGCCACUUCGCCUGGUCUGAAAGUUGGUCUCACGGGGCUGCCGCUUAACCCGGCAAUCACUACAGCCAGUGCUGGAUUUGUUGCGCAAGCACAGUUGGCCGCAGCCACACAGGCCGCAGCUGCAAUAAAUAGUCAGCCGGGGUUGCUGGUGCCGCCAGUUUCGCUAGCUCCCUCCCUGCUGGUCAAUCCGGUGCUGGGUGCUGCAGCCAAGCCACUGCCCACAGUAUUGAGCCAAGCGAAUCCGGCUGCGGUUGCGGCGGCGGCCGCCGCGGCAGCAGCAGCAGCAGCGGCAGCUGCUGCGGCCCCGAACGCUACAGCGGAAGAUGUGUACAAAAAGGCACAAGAAAAACAGCAGGAAGAGCUACAGAAGAAGCUACUGGAAGAAGGGGAACCGCAAACGUUACAGCAGCAAGAGUCGAUGUCGAUCAAGGGCCAGAGCGCUAGGCAUUUGGUGAUGCAGCGGCUAAUGAGACCGCGCGAAAGCAAGGUGGUUAUUCUGCGCAAUAUGGUCGGACCGGAGGACGUCGAUGAGACGCUGCAGGAGGAGAUUCAAGAUGAGUGUAGCAAGUACGGUGCCGUGGACCGGGUUAUUAUCUACAAGGAGCGCCAAUCGGAGGGCAACUUUGCCGAGGACGACAACACCGACAUGAUCGUAAAGAUCUUCGUCGAGUUCUCGCAGGCCACCGAAGCAGAUAGAGCCCGCGAGUCACUGAACGGUCGCUACUUUGGCGGCCGCCUGGUCAAGGCGGAGUCUUACGAUCAGGCUCUCUUUGACCACGGCGAUCUGUCUGGCUAAAUCGAGGGCGCGUGAGCACGUGCGUGUGUGUGUGUGUGUGUUUGGGGUCGUGUGGGAAGCGCUCCGCAUUCUACACUUUCUUACCUCUCGAGCAAUGGUCCUAGCUGAUCAAUUUUCGACACAAACAUUGUGGCCGCUUAUAUGUGUGUGUGUUUGUGUGAAGUACUCUUACUCUCUCUCAUGCACACACCCUUAGAUGGGCAGGAAGAAUUGGAUGGAUCGAAAAAACACGAUCGUUGGUAAUGGGAGACUUAGCAGGUUCAUAGUUUGUUCAUCUGGAAAUGAAAAUCGUGUCCAGUUCUUUGACCAUGCCCAUCGCAAAGAGAAAACCCGCCAAUAUCGAUUAGCCAGAAAGAUUGUACCGAACACAGUUGUUUAUAAGCUCUCAAGCAUCAUAUUACCACCAAUGCUACCGGCCCACUCAACUUGAAUCCCUUUUGAAAUAGAAAAUAAUGCGUGGACGACGGACCCUUUUCACUGAACCAGCAUUGAUGUGGUUCAUUUAGACUAAAAGUAAUAUUAAAAACCUAAUAACACAACCAUAAGAUCACACCCAGGAUUAAUAGAAACCUACCUUUAAACUACAUAACACACACUUCAUGCAACAAACACCUUGAUGGACUUUUGGAGUUUCGACAAGAGGACAAAUUUUAUUGCACUAGCAGUGUCCCCCGUGUGUUACUACGAUGCAAUCCAUCAGACCAAGCUGUGCAUAGAACAGAGAGUGAAUGGCAUUACGAUGCACACAGACACCAUUUCUCAUUCAUGUGUUAGACAUAAACAUAGGCAUAAAGUCAAAUUAAUUCUGCAUCGUAAAGGACGAGCUGUGUGUAUUUAAGGCGCAAUACCUAGGAAUUCACACGGACCUAAUUAAAUCCACCAUAAAUUUCGAGCGUCGCUCAACGCUGCUCUUGCUCUAAUAUAUUAUAAUUUAACUGUAUAUACAAACUCGGGAAGCGCGUAACGGCCAUUUGUUCGUUUUGCUGCUUUUCCGGUGCUACAUGAUCAAGGAAAUAUAGGACUAACGUCACCAAAAUCA